CACAGCGCCACGAACAGAGGAAUCGGGGGGCAGUGUCGUGGCGCGGCGUGUGGACCCAGUGCACGGACCAUCUCGUGGGAUUUGGGCCGUGGCACCCCGCCUGCCACCUCGUAGAUAGAUUCCUCCCUCAUCUGCAAUUAAUUGUUCACAUCCGAGAUCACGUACUGUCGUGCCGUGACACCAGGCUCCCAUAACUACCUCGAGGUACCCACUUGGGUUUGCAAUCUUUAUUUGCCGGCGCGAAGACGAGCGAAGCAGCCAGAGAGUGAUUCUGCCACUUUACCCUACACCCAGGGUGUCUCCUGAGAACCACGGAAUGGCGCAGAAGACGUGGUUCUUGCCGCCCGAUUUUACAUUUCGUCCCUCUGGGGAGCUCGCUCUAGGAACGAUAAUCAAGGAUCCCAGCCGCCCGACUCUCGCCCUAGCCGCCCUUGGCUCCGAUGGACACCCAGAAAUCGUCCUUCCAGGCAUCGAAACCCUCCUCGAGCCCGGCCACUGCUACUCCCACAGCUCCAAGCGGUCCGGCGGUGCAAACUUGCUCGCCAAGUUCAUCGACCUAGCAUCGGCCUCGGCGAACGCCAACAUGUCACGCUACAAGGAGUGGUCGCUCGGCAAAGUGGACCUCGAGGUCCGAACCUUUAAUAAGGCAAUAAGCGAAGACUCUCUGAAGGCAAUAACGAGGCUGGAACGAGUGAAGAAGUAUAUGAGCAGUGGGCGAUUCGGCAAGAAGCCUGUUUAUAUCAUCUCCGGGUUGCGGGUAGCCAAAGACUCGUUCCAGGUGAUGGACCAAGCCGGGUCGGUGGCGUCCAUGUCGAUGGAAGCAUCCGGGCCCACCCCGGCGUGGACCCUACCCUUGGAGCUCGGGGCCGGCAUCUCUGGUAGCCGCGAGCAAAGUCGAACGGAUGCCUACCGGACGGCCGCGGACAUCGUAUAUGCGUACAGGGUUCAUGUGAUUCGGGCAACAAGGGACGGCGAGGAGGCGGAGCUGUUCUCUUAUAGGACGGCCUUCGGUGAAGGCGGAAAUGAUGAAGACGAGGCGCAAAAUAUGGAAUGCGUUGAUGUGACUGCAAAUGUGCUGAAGGAGGAUUUGGAACUGGAGCCUGCCUUCGACGAGUACUCACUGGGAGAAGGCGAAUCUUGUAUCGUCUUCAAGGGGCGUACCUAGUGCCCCAUACGGUCCAGCGCCGCCAGCCUCGCUUGUGGACACCGGGUGGAACGCAAGAAUUGCCAACCUUUGCCGCGUCUGCUUUAAAAUACACCUCAUUUCAAUAAAGCGUUCGACUUCUUUCCUCUCUCCUGCUUGCUUGACGUCCGGCUAGAUUGAAUACUCCAUCUAUCGCGACGCACCCGC